AUGGACACACAGUCUACGAAGAGAUGGUCCAAAUUAAGCAGCCCCACAGUGAGGCCGAUUGGGCUUAGAGAACCCAAGUACUCGCCGUUUGGAUCUGGCAGGCUUGAUCGGCAAUGGACAGGUGUUUGUGCUCCGGCGGUGGACCCAAUGUUGAAGAACUUGGAGGGAGAGGAGGAUCCGAACUUGAUGGAACAGAGGAUGAAAAAGAGAGAGUUAAUUCAAGGUAAGCCACUUAGUGCAGCUGAGAGGAAGGUACUGGUUUUGAAGUGCGAAAGGAGCAAAACUAAGAGGCAAAUCAACUUGGGGAGGGAUGGUUUAACUCACAAUAUGUUGAACGAUAUUCAUAAUCAUUGGAAGCAUGCAGAAGCAGUUAGGAUUAAAUGUAUGGGUGUACCUACUGUGGACAUGAAAAAUGUUUGCGCCCAGCUGGAUGUAUACGUCUCUUUAAAGAAAUUUGUAUUCUUGUUCUAG